CCCUGUGUCUUCAUCUGUUGGAGCUUCGCAAAUCAGGACAUGGAUCAAAAAAGAGAAAACGAACCUGUGAUUAUAGUCUUAAGAUGCCUCAUCAUGCUCUGCUUUUGUACUUUUGGUUCCGCUCAAAGACUCUGCACAGUACCUGCUGGGCCUGUGGCUGUCCCAGAGAACAACACUGCUGACCUCGAGGUGGUUAAAAUCAGCUCUGGGAGUGACGUAACACUGACUGUUGUGGUGAAUCCCGAAGAAAAGUUUUAUCUGAAAGGCAAAGCCCUGAUGGUGAAGAAGGAACUGGACUAUGAGGCUUUACCCAAGGGAGCAGCUCUGGUGGUAUGGGUUCAAUGCAGCAGACCAGGAUCCAAAUCUGUCAACGAGUCCGUUGAAGUGUUGGUGGAAAAUAUAAAUGAUAAUCCCCCAAAUUUUGCUCAGAAUCACUAUAUUCUGGACGUAGACGAGCUGACUCCAAUCAAUUCCAGUGUUGGCCUGAUAGAAGCUACUGAUGCUGAUUCUGAACCACUGUUUUAUCGCUUAGAGUCAGCCAUGGAUAAAUACUUCCGUCUGGAGAACAUCAACACGCCAAACUUAGUUGUUAAAAGUGUAAUAGACUACGAUGUUGUGCAGAAAAUCUCCCUAGUUUUACACGUCCAGGACACAUUCAAUGGUUCAGCCUCCAAUGAGCCCUUCUUCACAUCCGUGGCGACCAUCGCAGUAAAUGUGAAGGACGUAGAUAACAGGCCGCCAUGGUUUCAACCAUGUGUAAGGACUAAUUUAGGGCUUGCCAAACUGUGUGUGAGCACUGGCUAUAGAGGCAAAGUCAAUCUGACGGAGAAGGAGGAAGGCCCACUGACGCUGGAACCUGGCCCUGUUUUCGCAAAAGACGGAGACAAGAACCGGAGUGAACAGAUUGGCUACCGGAUUUUAAGAGGGAAUGAAGGAAAUAUAUUCCAAAUAGAUGAGGAUACAGGGAAUAUAAGCAUGACUAAAGCAGUGGAUAUUGUCGGCCCAAUAACUCUCACUGUUCUGGCAUCCCAAGUUACAAACAAGGAUCAGUUUGCCGUGACGCAGGUAACCUUUGAUGUAACCAAGAAGAGCAGAAACCCUCCACACUUUGAGAAGGAGCGUUACGAGGGCUUCAUCUACAGCAACUCUAUACCUGAGAGCAUGAUCCUAAGAGACCGCAGUACCAACAGACCCUUUAGAGUCCGAGCUCGAGAUGAGGACUUUGCUGGUGGUGUCAAUCCAGAUUUAAAAUAUGAAGUGCAGUACAGCAGCUACGUCAAUGUGACCUCAGACGGUUUUGUGAUUCUGAAGAGAGUUGUCAAGACGGAGUCAUUUGCAUUACAGCUUAGAGCAGUGGACUCAUCAACGGGAGAGUUUGGUACAGCCACACUCUCCGUACAGGUUAUACCUGCGGAUGCCAUGCCGUCUCCUUCAAAUAUCGGCUACCGUGCAGGAGACAUGGCGCUCCUUGGCUUGGUUAUGGCAGCUUUACUGGUCCUUUGCCUCAUUGUGAUUGGCUUCUUGAUUUCCCGCUUAUGGAAGGGAAACUCCAGCGUAGACACAAUGUGCGAGUGCUUGGACUGUCUGAAAUCUGAGCAGCCAAAUACAGGUCACAGAGACUCCCUACAGUACACCAAUGACGGUUUCCAGAAUGAGUCCGACGGAAGCCGCGGACGCUGGAAGAACGCCCUUCCCAGGCGGAGCACCUUCCCCGGGGGCCGAGUUACGCCCCUGGGGAGACGCAACCGCCACUGCUCCUCCUGCGGUGUUUUCACCAACCAUUCACCCAAAGGCAGUCCCUCGGUAAGACCAUCCAGAAGAGGGAGGGGAGAUGGAGACGAUUACAGCUCGAGAUCCAUGCUUGCCAAGCAGAGGAGAAAGGAGGGGCUAAAGACAGUGUGGUUUAAGGAGAUCGAGGACUCUUCGGACAUUGAGGUGGAGAUCAUCCCAGACACUGUGGGACGGGUGGAGGAGGAGACGCAGGAGGAGCUGGAAGGGGAAUUGGUGAUGGAGGGAGUAGUCAAAGACCCUACAACCCCAUGCGCAGACACAGAUGUUGGGGAGGAUGAACAGAGAAAUGAACAGGACCACGAUAGCACCACUUCAGACAAGGAAAAGGAAGGCAUUGAGCAGACAGGCUGACAGGAGCUCCCAUUUAAGUCGGGGGCCGCUUUUGUAUGCUUCCUACAGUCAAGGUCUGAACAGUCCAGUCUGGGAAGACAUCUAUAAAAACCUUAACCUUGAGAGUCUAAGGUCCAAAAUGAUGUGUUUGCAACUGUGAGUUUUCAAGAAUACUGUGUUCAAAAUAAUGACAAUAUAGGUAGUCCCCGGUUACGACGUAGCCGACUUACGUGAUUUCGACUUCAUGACACAGGAGUCUCGUCCGCCAUUUUGUCUCCAGUCUUUUUUUUUUUGUCGCGUAACAGUACCUUAUUGCACCUCACAGAAUCUUAUUUUUUACUUUAUUUUAUUAAUAUGAUUAUUCUUCUCUUUGGCGAAAUGUGUAUUUGAUUAUAUUGUUGACUUUUGUUUUAUGAUGCAUGCUUUUAUUUUGGCGCAAAAAGUGGAGAGCAGGCAGUACAUCCGCACGCGAGUUAAAGCACAUGUACACAUGUAGGAAAACAUAUUUGCGCACACACAAGGAAGAGCGCAUUUGCUCCCAAUGAACAAUUACAGUUUAGCUCACUGUCUAGCUAGGAUCUAGCUCCAACAUUUUGACAUGGACAGUACAAUGACAUAUAUUAAAUGUUUUUUGGAUAUUUAGGGGUUUUUAGGCGUACUUAUAAGGUUAAUUCAGAUUUAUGCGGAAAACUCAGGUUACGUCGCCAGCAUAGAAACGGAACUCGUUCGUAACCCGGGUACUACCUGUAUAUAUUUAAACUAUUGAGUUUUUUAGCAUUAGCUUAAAAAAUACCCCUUUUGUUUCUUAUGCUGACUACUUCAAGCUUAAAAGUCAGUAUUAAUUUCAGGUGUGGAAAUUUUAACAUUUGCCAAGUGAACUAAACAGAACUGUGACAUCAUGUCAUGUAGAACAUCCAAAGACAAUCAGACUGGUUUUAAGAAAAAAUAAGUUUUCUUAUAAUUAGGGCUGUCAAACGAUUAAAAUUUUUUAAUCGAGUUAAUUACAGCUAAAAAAUUAAUUAAUCGUAAUUAAUCGCAAUUCAAACCAUGUAUAAAAUAUGCCAUAUUUUUCUGUAAAUUAUUGUUGGAAUGGAAAGAUAAGACACAAGACGGAUAUAUACCUUCAACAUACUGUACAUGAGUACGGUAUUUGUUUAUUAUAACAAUAAAUCAACAAGAUGGCAUUAACAUUAUUAACAUUCUCUUAAAGCGAUCCAUGGAUAGAAAGACUUGUAGUUCUUAAAAGAUAAAUGUUAGUACAAGUUGUAGAAAUUUUAUAUUAAAACCCCUCUUAAUGUUUUCGUUUUAUUAAAAUUUGUAAAAUUUUCAAUCAAAAAAUAAAUAAGUAGCUCGCCAUUGUUGAUGUCAAUAAUUACACUAUGCUCACUCAUGGUACUAAACCAUAAAAUCAAUUGGACCCAAGCGCCAGCAGAGGGCGCCAAACACAAAAAAAAACAAGAAACAAGCGGACAUUAGACUGUACUGUCAUUUUAAUCUGUUUGAGCGGGGCAUGUGCGUUAAUUGCGUCAAAUAUUUUAACAUGAUUAAUUUAAAAAAAAAAAAUCACCGCCCGUUAACGCGAUAAUUUUGACAGCCCUACUUAUAAUACGAUACAGUUUGGGAAAGUACUACAUUUACUUUUGCUGUAUUUACAAGUAUUUUAGGGGAAUGCACGUAUCAUUACUGUUUGUUUAACAAAUAUUGCUGAUUUUAGGCUAGAAAUGGCCAUUUUGGUUGUCAAGCAAAAUUUGAAUUCUUAACAGGAAGCUACAAUGAAAAAAAUAAGCAUUGCAUUUUAUUUGAUUUAGGAAUAAUGAUAUUUUCUCCCCACGCCCAUUUGGAUUGGGAAGUCCUAAAAUACAGUCAGACCGAAAAGUAUUCAGACCAACCUUAACAUUUUCAGUUAUACAACAGUCAUUUGCCAAAUUCAUUCAAGUUCACCUUUUUCCCCAUUGAUGUACACACAGCACCACAUAAAAAAACAUUUUUGACAUUGUUGCAGAUUCAUUAAAAACAAAAAACUGAAAUACCACACAGCCUUACCCUUUGCUCAGUUUUUAAAAGAAGCACCAUGUUGAGCUAAUGGAUAUUUUUGAGAACGACGACAGGUUUUUCACUUUGGGAAUUGGAGACCUCAGCUUAACAUUAGUAGACAGCCAUUUUCGAGUCCCACCCGAGAUGCUCAAUUGGGUUUAAGUCCAUCUCUGGCUGGCUGAACAAUUUUCAUUUUAUCUAAGCGAUGUGGUCUUACACUGGACUAUUCUGCCAUAAACCUAAACAGCUGGAGGGUUAUAGUGAAGGAUAAUGGAGGCACUUGGAAACAGCACAAUUUUUUGAACUUGAUUUGUACCUUGCCACAAUUCAGUUUCCGAGCUCUUCAGGAAUUUCCUUUGACCUCAUGAUUCGAUCAGAGAUGCCCCGUGAACAAUGAGGUCUUACAGAGAUAAGUGUGUAUUCUUAAUUAAGUCCAAUCAGAAUAAUCGAACAGAGCUGGAUUCCAAUGAGGGUGACAAUCUCGAGGAUGAUCAGAACAAAUGACAGCACCUGAUUUAAAUAUGAGUGCCAAAGCAAAGGGUCUGAAUACCAGUGUUGUUUUCGUCAACGAACACUUUUUUCAAGAUGAGAACGAGACAAAAAUUCACAAUAAUUUCCGUCACAUGGUCAAAAUGUGUGACAUUUUAUGUGUAGUUAGCCUGCAUCGUAGAAGCAAGGGCACAGGUUUGCAUAGGGACGGUAGGGACAUAACACUACCAACUUUUCAGGAUACUCAAAUUGUCCCCACCAAGUUUUAAGCAGCCUUAUUUACAUUAUAUGUGUUCAGUUAUAUAAGUCAUCUACAUUGUCUGCCCAUAUAUUGUAACGAUAGAAUUGACCCUUAUUAAGUGAAUUAUUUUCAUCAUGUUCAGACUUACAUUUCCCCCUUUUCACAUGCUGAGUGUGCCGGUCCCUUUUUUCCCUUCAAACGCACAUUUGAUUGGCUGAUGACUUGCACCCCCCCCCCCCCACACACACACACACAAGGAUAUUAGAUUUUUUUUUUCCCAGCCAGCAGCAGCCACUAAUGUAAAAAGACAUCAAUGUUGUGAAGGUGGGGAACACACAACUAAUUUUGCUACUGAAAGUCCGACCUGCAUCAGAGCUAGCAUAACAUUAAACUGUGUAAACUUGCUAACCUCCAAAACUUGAGUUUUCAAAAUGUUUUUAAGCAGUUUGUGAAAGAAGGGUUUGAAUCGAACGGUAUAUCACCUGAAUCAAUACACAUUAAAGUCUAUAUAUAUAUAUGUAUAUAUAUAUAUAUAUAUAUUUUUUUUUUGCAUUGAUCAUUUAGCCGAUUAAUUAAUUAGGUCCAUAUUCUUGAGAAAUGUAGCCGAGCCCAGUUCAUUCAAUCUGUUUGUCUUUAUUAACGUCCCCUCCCCAGCAUUAAGUGUACAAGUGGGUUAUGCUGUUCUAUGGUUCCUACCAAUGUUGAGACCAAACCUACGCCCUUGCGUAGAAGUGUCGGUGGUGUCACCCAUACUGUGCAGCAUCCCCACCACCCUUUCCAACUCACUAGUGUGCAGUCUCCAGUCUCCAUGCAGGUUUGCGCACACGGUAAGAUUUGUUUUAUUGGCCAGAGAGAAUAUGUAAUGCUGCUUUCACCUUUAAAGGUCUGUGCUGAGUGAUCAUCAAACACUAAAUGUAACCCUUAGUGUUAGCAUAGCAUUCGUAUAAGCAUUGGGCUUAUGGUAACAGCAAGCCUCCUCUCAAACCUGGACUUUUUUUUUUUUUAAUUUACAGUUCCUGGUGUCUAGGUCGGUAUAAUUAAUCGAAAAUAUUGUACCGUUUUCCUGCUGUGUAUGAUCACUAAAUUGGCAUUCUCCUUGUAGAUAGAUGCUAUAAUAUGUGCUCGUCUGUCAAAUGUACAUUUGUUGGAAACUUUAUUUCUGGAGUUUUUUUUUUUUUUUUAAGUUAUACAACUGUCGACUAAAACUAAAUGAAAUUAGUCUUGCGGUUUCGUCAACAAAAACCAGACGAAGACACACACAUUUUGAGAUGACUAAAAUAUGACCAACACUAUUAUUACAUGGACACAUAUUACAUAUAUAGAGUAUUAUCGUCCAAAAGACAGACGAAAAUAGGCUGCCAAAAACACUGCUGAAUACUAAUGGCAUUGAGAUAUUUAAAUUUGUCAAAAAUUCAGCGUUUCUGUGAUUAAUGGGUGCUGUAUGUACAUUAAUGAGGAGAUGUAUAACAAUGAUUUUAGCAAAAGGCUGCAAAAUAACAAAUGUUAAAGGGGCAUAGACUUCAUGAUUAUAUUGACGGGACAGAUUCCCCAGACACUGCGGCACGCCUUUUCGUAGGGGGCCGUCCCACACUCCGCUUCAGUUAUUCGCAGUCGGUCUUAGUUCUUCUCGAACACAUGCAGCGACUUAACGCCGGAUUUAGGUUGAAAAAAAUCACGAAAUUCGUACCGCAUUCAAACAGGAAAGAUUGUCUCAGGGGUGAUUUGUUCAAGGAUUCAAGGUCAUUCUUAUAUUUUUUUGUUCCAUGCAUGCCUUUUGAAACGUGAAUAAAUCAAUGGGAGAAAUUAGCCGCUAGAGCAUUGGCGUUAUACUUCGCAAUAUCUACGUAAAAUAACUGCUAACUGCCAAUUUUUUUGCUUUUAACCAAGAAUCGAGUUUUAUGUCCAUAUCUAUAAAGAAUUCAGGGAUUUAAGCAUUCAUUCACAAGAAUUUUCAACACAAAAAGCUCUUUGUUGGACUAAGGGGGCCGCCACAUUGGCUAACAGACUAGUAUCACAUUCGACAUAUUUACGUAAAAUAAAUGCUAAUAUGGAGAUAGAAUAGUGCCAAAAGAAGUGAGGUUGCAAAAUGAAAAUUAUCCAUGUAAA